AACCAUCUAAUAGUGUAUACUUCAGUUCAAACUUUAUGGUUUUCUCUCGCACUCAUAAUUAAAUUAAGCCCUUAAUGAACAAUCUAUCUCUCUCUUUCUCUUUUAAGUUUAUGUCUGUGUUCUUUCUUGUAUAUAAAGACCUAAGCUGAAGCAACCCAACCACCAGUUAGAAGAGAGACUCUUUGUGAUUGAAGUUGGAAAAGUCUUUGAGAUCACGGAAAACACUCCCUCUCAAUCGGCAGGUUUCAAGAAAGAUGAGUCGAAGAAGUCCAAAGCCCGAGCUGAAGCUGAAUCUUUCGACGCCUACGUCAAGCAGGAGGAGGGUUGUUCGAUCUCCAAGCCGCUCUGCGACAACAUCACCUACGUCACCGCAAAGCUCGUGUGUCUCUUCGGAGAUGAACCAGGAUGGUCAGUCUGUGAGGUACUCGACAAGUCCAGAGACAAGCUCGAUGGUUCUUGUUGGGUGUCCUCGUUGUCUCAUGUACGUUAUGCUCUCACAAGACGACCCUAAAUGCCCUAAAUGCAAAAGCACCGUUCUUCUUGAUUUCAACCAUGAAAACACCUCAAACGCCAACGCUCCAGCCGCUUCUUCCUCUGGUCGCAAGACUCGCAGGAACUGAAAGAUUAGUAAAAACCAAAAACCCUCCAUAAAUCCUUGUCUUUUUAUUUAUUUAAUUUUCCUUUUUUAUUUUUGCGAAUGUAGCUGUUGUCUAUGAGAGUAGUGCUAAUCACGCUCCACUUUAUAAACUUGGAGAAGAAUCGA